AUGGCACUGCCUACAUCCAGAGUGGGCCUUCUCUCCUCAGUCGUACCUUUCUGGGAAUAUCCUCACAGCUACACAAAGAGGUGUGCUUCUAUGGUGACUUCUAAAAGCAGUCAGGCUGACAAUGAAGAAAAAAAACAGACUUUUGUGGAUGAGUUUUUGUUGCUAGGUCUUUCACAAGAUGCACAAACUCAGAUCCUUCUGUUUCUUCUUUUCUUCAUCAUUGAUGUCCUGACUGUACUUGGAAACCUGCUCAUCUUUAUCCUCAUCUUCAUGAAUUCUCAACUUCAUACCCCCAUGUACUUUUUUCUUAGAAACUUCUCUUCUGCAGAUCUCUGUCUUUCAAAUAGCAUUGUUCCUCAAGCAUUGUUCCACUUCCUUGCAAAAAGGAAAACUCCUUCUUUUUGAGGCUGUGUGACACAGGUAAUAGUCACCCCAGAGUGUGCACCGCUUGCAGUCAUGUCCUGUGACUGGCAUGUGGCUGUGUGUAAGCCCCUGACCUACUCCGCCAUUUUGACCCGACAACUUUGUCUUCAGUUGGCUCUAGGAUCUUGGGCGUGUGGGCUCCUAGUGUCCCUAAUAAAUACUGCUGCUUUCCAUUUUCUCUAUCAAGGGCAGAACACAGUCAGACAUUACUUUUGUGAGCGUCCUUCCCUUUUAAAGGUGGCUUGCAGCACAGAAAUGGCCAUCUUUGCAAUGGGCAUAGUGAGCCUCUUAGCACCUGUCUCCUUCAUCCUCAUCUCCUGCUGGAACAUCAUCUCCACUGUGAUCCAGAUGCAGUCUCGGGAGGGGAGGCUUUCAACCUGUGGUUCUCACCUCACUGUUGUCCUCUUCUAUGGGUCUGGAAUAUUUAACUAUAUGCAGCCAAACACCAAAACCACAAAGAAGUCUGAUAAGAUAAUAUCUGUGUUCUACACAGUAGUGACUCCAAUGCUAAGCACCAUAAUUUAUAGUCUGGGGAACAAGGAUGUCAGAGGAGCCUUUGGGAGUCUACCUGCAAGGAUGUCCUUCUUUCACAAGAAAUGA